CGUCAAACUUACUUAGUAAACUUGUAUUUUUACUAGUUUUUAAGAUGAUAAAAAUCCCAUUAAACCCAUUAAAAAUACUAGGAAAAGAGCCCUUUUCUGGGCUCUUUUUAAGAGGAAAACGUUCCAUUUCUACAAGCCUUUCAUCAUUUGAAAGAGUAAAAGAACGCCCACAAGAUGAUGAGUUAUACCAUAUAAAACUCCCAGAAUCAGCAUUUGAAACAUAUAAUCUUGAUCCUCUUCCUUUGGAUAUUACAAUUAGUAAGAAAGAGCUGAUUAAAAUGUAUUCAGACAUGGUUACAAUAAGGCGUAUGGAGUUAGCAUCGGAUUUGUUAUAUAAGUCCAAAAAAAUCCGGGGAUUUUGUCAUUUAUAUACAGGACAAGAAGCUGUAGCAGUUGGUAUUGAACAAGCAAUUACACCGGAGGAUCAAGUAAUUACGGCAUAUCGAUGCCAUGGAUUUACGUAUAUUCGAGGAUCUAGUGUUAAAUCUAUUAUUGCAGAGUUAUUGGGUCGAGUUGAUGGUGUUUCUCGAGGUAAAGGUGGAUCCAUGCAUAUGUUUUCAAAAAACUUCUAUGGAGGCAAUGGAAUUGUGGGAGCACAAGUUCCUGUUGGUACAGGAAUUGCAUUUGCUAUGAAAUAUUUGAAUAAACCCAAUACUACUUUUACUUUAUAUGGAGAUGGGGCGUCAAAUCAAGGUCAAGUUUUUGAAGCCUUUAAUAUGGCUAAGCUUUGGAAUAUUCCUGUUGUUUUUGGAUGUGAAAAUAACAAAUAUGGAAUGGGUACAUCUGCAGAACGAAGCAGUGCAAUGACUGAUUAUUAUAAACGUGGUCAUUAUAUACCUGGUAUUCAGGUAGAUGGAAUGAAUGUGCUUGCUAUUAAACAGGCAUCUGUCUUUUCAAAACAAUAUAGUUUGGAAAAUGGACCAUUAGUUAUGGAAUUUGUUACAUAUCGUUAUGGUGGUCAUUCUAUGUCUGAUCCAGGAACGAGUUAUCGUACAAGAGAAGAAAUUCAACAUGUACGUAAUACCAAUGACUGUAUUUCUCUCCUAAAGAACACAAUGUUGGAAUAUAAUGUGAUUACUGAAUCUGAACUUAAGACUAUUGAUAAAUCAAUUCGAUCUCAUGUCGAUAAAGAAGUUAAAGAAGCUGAAGAAAGUGAGUUUCCAACUCCCGAUCCAAAGACUCUUUUCAGUGAUAUUUAUGUGCCUGGCUCCAAUCCUGAUUAUUUUCGAGGACGCUGGUCUGGUGAAAUUUAUACAUCCAAGAGUCUCUUUUGAAUUCAUUAAAUAACUCUAUAUUAGUUCUCUUUAAUCUUUCUGUA